AUUUUCACCUACUGGAUGCUGUUUCUUUGUACUUUGGCCAGCCCAUGGAGGACAGUCUCAUUGCAUUCCGAACUCGGUCUAAGAUGCCCCUGAAAGAUGUUCCUCUGGGCCAACUAGAAGCUGAACUUCAGGCUCCAGAUAUCACCCCGGAUAUGUAUGACCCGAAUACAGCUGAUGAUGAGGACUGGAAGGUGUGGCUGGGGGGCCUCUUAAAUGAUGACGUGGAGAACGAGGAUGAAGGAGAUGAUGAUGAUGAUCCAGAAUAUAACUUCCUGGAAGAUCUUGAUGAACCAGACACAGAGGAUUUCCGUACUGACCGUGCAGUGAGAAUCACUAAAAAAGAAGUAAACGGGCUGAUGGAGGAGCUGUUUGAAACGUUCCAGGAUGAAAUGGGAUUCUCUAAUAUGGAAGAAGAUGGCCCUGAGGAAGAGGAGCGUGUUCCAGAGUCUCGGCCAGACUUCAACACCCCUCAAACCCUACGGUUUGAGGAACCAUUGGCCAACUUGCUAAAUGAACGACACCGGACGGUGAAAGAGCUGCUUGAACAACUGAAAAUGAAAAAAUCUUCCUCCAAACCACAGCCUGAAGUGGAGAGGCUUAAACCUCAGAAGGAGACGGUCCAUCAGGCUCUGAUUCUAGACACAGCACAGAGGAGCAGGCUUCAGCAGCAGAUGCAGCAGCAUGUUCAGCUCUUGACACAAAUCCACCUUCUCACCACCUCCAACCCCAACCUCAGCUCCGAGGCCAGCACCACCAGAGUAUUUCUGAAAGAGCUGGGAACCUUUGCAGAGAACUCCAUCGCCCUUCACCAACAGUUCAACCCCAAGUUUCAGACCUUGUUCCAGCCCUGUAACUGGAUGGGAGCUAUGCAGCUCAUUGAAGACUUCGCACAUGUCAGCGUUGACUGCAGUCCUCAUAAAACGGUCAAGAAGACUGCCAGUGAAUUUCCCUGUUUGCCAAAGCAAGUUGCUUGGAUCCUGGCCACAAACAAGGUUUUUAUGUAUCCAGAGCUUCUUCCAAUAUGUUCACUGAAGGCAAAUAAUCCUCGGGAUAAGAUCAUCUUUACCAAGGCUGAGGACAAUCUGUUAGCUUUAGGACUGAAGCACUUCGAAGGCACUGAGUUCCCUAAACCUCUAAUCAGCAAGUACCUUGUAACUUGUAAGACCGCUCACCAGCUGACGGUGAGGAUCAAGAACCUCAACCAGAACAGAGCUCCUAACAACGUGAUUAAAUUUUAUAAGAAGACCAAACAGCUGCCAGUUCUGAUGAGGUGCUGUGAAGAGACCCAGCCACAGCAGUGGAAGCCUCCCGUAGAGAAGGAGGAACACCGGCUCCCAUUCUGGUUAAAGGCCAGUGUACAGUCCAUUCAGGAUGAACUUCGGAAAACAGCUGAAGGCGUUGAGGAAGGAGCAACUGUGCCCAGAGCCACAGAAGCCGGCACAGAUCAGCACUUAGAGAAAGCCUGCCCUGAAUUGGGGAGUGAAACUCGAUACCCACUGCUGAUGCCCAAGGGCGUAGUCCUCAAGUUGAAGCCAGGAUCCAAGCGUUUCUCUAGAAAGGCUUGGCGACAGAAGCGGCCAUUGGUCCAGAAGCCCCUUCUUAUCCAGCCCAGCCCCUGUGUUCAGCCUGGGUUCAACCCAGGGAAAAUAGCAACCUGGUCAACUCAAUCAGAAGUCCUCCCAGGAAACAUAGUGGUCCAGAUUCCCCAUCUGAUCCAGCCAGCCACUGUCCUACAGCCCCUUCCUGGUUUCUCUUCAGUGGCCGUCAGCGGAGAACAUAGUUUUGAAUCUUCUGCAGCACUGCCUACUAUGCCCUCCGGUCCUGAAGCCAGGACCAACUUCCCCCUGUCGGAGUCUCAGUCACCAAUGCCUUCUUCCUCUGCACCCAAGAUAAUGCUACCCUCACUGGCCCCUUCGAAAUUUCGAAAGCCAUAUGUGAGGCGGAAGCCUACAAGAAGAAAAGGAACCAAGGUUUCUCCCUGUGUGAAAGCUGCCCCCAUCAUCCACCCCACACCUGUCAUCUUCACGGUUCCUGCCGCCACAGUGAAGGUGGUAAGCCUACCCAGUGGAUGUAAUGUGAUCCAGCCUGUUAAUGCCGCCGUGGCCCCGAAUCCCCAGACCAUUCCCAUCACCACUCUCCUUGUUAAUCCUACUUCCUUCCCCUGUCCAUUAAAUCAGCCCCUCGUGGCCUCCUCCAUCUCCCCCUUAAUUGUUUCGAGCAAUCCUCUGACACUUCCUGUACCAUCUGUUCCUGAAGAUAAGGUCCAAGUGAACUUGGAUAUUGCUGAAGAGAAAAAUGCUCCUCAAAACCCUGACUCCACGUCAAAUUCCCAGGAACUAACUCCUCUCUGUGCUACUGUCUUCUCCAAAGAGGAUCCUAGGCCAUGGUGUUCUUCAUCAGGUAUGGAAAGCCAAGAAACAUCCUCAGAAUCCAGUGCCUGUGGCUGGGCUAUUGUGAAAACAGAAAACCAGGAAGCAUCCUCAGAAUCGAGUUCCUGUGGCUGGACAGGUGUGAAAAAUGAAGAGGAUGGGCAAGCUUUAGAGCCAUUGCCUUUGAGUCUCCAGUUAUCUCUGAACUCCACAUCGAAGGAUUUAGAAGAAAUGGUCAAGAUGGAAGCUGAGGAUCGUGUGGAGGAAAUGUCCAGUACCUUCCCCGAGCAGGACAUUGGUGAGAAAGUGAAAGAAGAAUACUCUAUGGAAUUAGACCGUGGCUCCCCUCAGGAGAAGCCGAGUAGUGCUAGAGAGCGGAGGAGAGAAGCAGUGGUGCAGACAGAGGAGACCCGAGCAGCUUCGUCCCUUUCCGUGUCCCAAGAGCCGCCUGAUGAGGGGAGUCCAAGCGGAGAGGCAAGCAGAGGUUUGCCCAGAGAUACUCCGUCCUCCGUGGAGCAGGAGACGGUGCUCAGCAGGCCUCCAGGGAAGGCUGAGGACUCGGCCAUUGCAGACAGUCAGUCUGUAGGGACCCCGGCAGGACCAGACACUGGAGGAGAGAAAGACGGGCCUGAGGAAGAAGAGGAGGAGGACUUUGAUGACCUCACCCAAGAUGAAGAAGAUGAACUGUCGUCGGCUUCGGAGGAGUCCGUGCUUUCUGUCCCGGAGCUCCAGGAGACUAUGGAGAAACUGACUUGGCUGGCUUCUGAAAGGAGCAUGAGUCAGGAGGGUGAGUCUGAGGAGGAGAAUUCCCAAGAGGAGAACUCUGAGCCAGAAGAAGAAGAGGAAGAGGAGGCCGAAGGGAUGGAAGCCUUGCAGAAGGAGGAUGAAGUGAACGAUGAAGCAGUUGGAGAUGCUGCUGAGAAGCCCCCUUCUACCUCGGCCUCACCCAAGACUGCUCCAGAAGUGGAGAGCAGCAUAAGCCCCGCAGGAGAGAGCAUCAAAGCUGCUGGAAAAGGCCGAAGCAACCAUCGGGCUCGAAACAGACGUGGAAGUCGGGCUCGGGCUAGCAAGGACACCUCCAAGCUGUUGUUGUUGUAUGACGAGGACAUUCUCGAUCGAGACCCACUCAGGGAGCAGAAGGACCUGGCCUUUGCACAGGCUUACCUCACCAGGGUACGAGAGGCUCUCCAGCAUGUCCCUGGCAAGUAUGAAGAUUUCCUUCAGGUGAUCUAUGAAUUUGAGUCAAGUGCCCAGAGGCAGACUGCUGUGGAUCUUUAUAAAAGCUUGCAAACCCUACUCCAAGACUGGCCUCAGCUCUUGAAGGACUUUGCUGCUUUCCUGCUCCCUGAGCAAGCCCUGUCCUGUGGACUAUUUGAGGAGCAGCAGGCUUUUGAGAAGAGUCGCAGGUUCCUUCGGCAGCUGGAGAUAUGCUUUGCAGAGAACCCCUCUCAGCACCAGAAGAUCAUCAAGGUCCUGCAAGGCUGUGCAGACUGUCUUCCUCAGGACACCACGGAGCUCAAGACCCAGAUGUGGCAGCUCCUCAAAGGCCAUGACCACCUGCAGGAUGAGUUCUCCAUCUUUUUUGAUCAUCUGCGCCCAGCAGCUAGCCGGAUGGGUGACUUUGAAGAGAUCAAUUGGACUGAAGAAAAAGAGUAUGAGUUUGAUGGCUUUGAAGAAGUGAUCCUCCCUGAUGUGGAAGAGGAAGAGGAGCCUGUCAAGGUGUCCACAGCCUCAAAGAGCAAGAGGAGGAAAGAGAUUGGGGUCCAGAAUCAUGAUAAGGAGACUGAAUGGCCUGAAACGGCCAAGGACUGUUCCUGUCCCUGCCACGAGGGUGGCCCUGAUUCUAGGCUGAAGAAAAGCAAGAGGAGAAAUUGUCACUGCAGCAGCAAGGUCUGUGACAGCAAAUGCUGUAAGAGCAAGGAGCCCCUCGAGCUGGUGAGCAGUAGCCCCCUCCAAGAGGCCAGUUCGGUGCCUGGAAGUAAGGAAGCAGGACAAGGCAAGGACAUGCUGGAAGAGGAAGCCCUAGAGGAGCAGAAUACUGCAGCAACCCAGAUUAGGACUGGCAAGGCCACCAGAAAGGGAGAGACACCCAUUCCAGGGUCUACAGCAGGGAGUACUUUGCCCAACUCUGCAGAAGUGACUCUCAUGGAGCAGCCCUUGGAGGGUCCAACGUUUUGUUCACAAGAGACUCCUCAGCUUCCUCCUCAGACUGGAGUUGUGCUCUCUGUUAGGAGAAACCAGGCUGGGCCUGACGUCUCCUGCCUUGGUACAUCCACCAUACUUCCUGAAGAGGGCGAGGACCAAAAGGCUGCUGCUAAUUCAGAGACUACUGUGUCACUCCCAGACGAAUCAGAAACCGAGACCCUGCCAGGCACUGUGGAGCUCCCUGCUUCCUCGAGGACCAGAGACGCAGGGAGAAGCUAUGGGAAAGCAGGUUCACAGAGCUGGCUACUUGAGGGCAGAGUGGAGGCAAAGACCGAGCACACAGUGGCCUCUGUCUGUGGAACUUCCUCAGCAGUCACUCCUAAAGCCGCCAGAGGGGCCAUGGCCGACGACGGUGGAACCCAAGGCAGGGGUCCAGAGGAGGCUGUGCCGAAAGCCUCCGAAGCCACCGUCUGCGCCAACAACAGCAAGGUCAGCUCCACCGGGGAGAAGGUUGUACUGUGGACAAGGGAAGCUGACCGAGUGAUUCUCACCAUGUGCCAGGAGCAGGGCGCACAGCCUCACACCUUCAGCAUUAUCUCUCAGCGGCUGGGAAACAAGACCCCUGUGGAGGUCUCCCACCGCUUCCGAGAACUCAUGCAGCUUUUCCACACAGCCUGUGAGGCCAGCUCUGAGGACGAGGAUGAUGCCACCAGCACUAGCAAUGCAGACCAGCUCUCUGACCAUGGGGACCUGCUGUCUGAAGAAGAGCUGGACGAGUGAGACCCUGGGAAGGUACGGGUGUCAUCUGCCAGGACCAAACCAACAGCCUUCUGUAGGAGGGUGAACUUUGAACUCCUGUGGAGCUAACUAAGGACAGAGUCAGUCUGGAGAUAGAUAGCUCUGUGGCCUGUGUCUCUCAGGGACCUCAGUGAGGACCUUACAAACCAAUCUGUAAAUAGCACUGGAGGGGAAUGGGCUUAGCUCCUUGUCUGGCGAUCUCAGUGUUUUAAAUAUACAAAUGCCUGGGUCAUGCAGCAGGUUCCAACACACUGGGUUCCCGCACCCAGCAGCUUUUAUUACAAAUGACCUCCCUACUGCCCUCCCUGAACGUCAGUUGGAAAGGCUGUCCCCCUCCUGGUAACACUGGGCCAAGCUGUGUAAGUCCUGCAGCAGCUCUUCCAUGUCAUCCUGCUCCACCCCAGCAUCCAUGAAGCUAGCCCAGCGCCGCAGGUCAAGUCUGCUGAGCUCCUCCGCCAAAUCUCCCAGGGUCUGGUGCAAGGAUGAAGAUGAGCGCAAGGCCCCAAACACAGGGAUGCUCUGCACUGCUGCAGACGGAGAGAGAAGGGGCUGAGUGGACUGAUCCUGCUCUAGCACUGGUAGACUGGCCGUGAAGUUCAGCAGGCGAGCAGGUUUGCCGUCUGGUGUGCCAGUAAGUACUCCAGAGCAGCUUGUAGCCGAGUGAGUAGAGGAUGCUCAACUGUGAACUUUUCUUUAGCACUUUCAAUUCACGAAGAGAAAAAGUAAAACUGCUCCCGUGUAGGGGGAGUGUUAAUUUUC